AUGCAACCAAACGGUCUGUUUCCGAUAAUUAAACUUGUAGAUUUAUACCUCUGUCAUGUGAGCAGUUCGGCUCGCUUACACAUGUCUCAAUACGGAAUCCAUGUGAGCAUCUUCAGUGGAGAAAGUUAUGAAGAUGAGACCCAGGACAGUAGCGAUUACGGGGCUGAAUCCCGGAAUAGUCAAGGAAGAUUACCAGAAGAACUACAGUUUCUCAAAACUCGUGAUCUCUUGUGCCAUCUGGCUCAACAUCUACAACAAGAAUUAGCGAGCAGAGUGCGUUUCGAUUUGACAUCAAAAGUCACCAAAGGAUGGUCUUCUUCUGUGGAUUCGACGUACUUGAAUCAAUUAAGGCACAACCUGGUUCUUAAAACUUUAAAGCAAGCAGACGCCGGACGCGCUUUCCAUUGCGUUACAGCAGGUUUACACGGGGAGCUGUUCGACUUACUUUUGAAUACUCCGGAGUUGAUCAACGUCCGGGACACAUCGGGAUGCGGUUUAUUGCAUCGAGCUGUUGAGAAGGGAUAUGCGGAAAUGGUAAACUUAUUGGUCUCGAGAGGAAUAGAUAUCAACGCAGAAAACAAUGUUGGAGACUGUCCAUUGCAUCUAGCUGUUCAAACCUCCCGAAUCGAUAUAGUGACAAAGCUACUGGAGUAUGGUGCUAAUCCAAGGUGCACAAACAAAGAAGGAGAACAGCCUAUUCACAUGGCUGCGCAGGUCAACUUUGUGGAAGGAGUAAAGUUACUGCUUAUCUACCCGGAAGUCAUCGUUGACUGCCUGGAUGCGCGCAAAUCGACACCCUUACAUCAUUGUUGCUUGGCGGACAGCGAGGACUGCCUGAAAAUGCUGCUGGAACACGGAGCCAACAUUUAUCAAAGAAACGUAUUUGGAAGUGCCUCCAUCCACAUUGCCAUUUUCCAAGUCGCUCUAAAAUGCGCAAAUGCACUAUUUGAAUACGAACAGCUGAAAAUGUGUCAAGGGGCACUUCUGAAUCCUUCUACUGCAUCAGUGCAACAGGAUGCAAGUACACCUAGAAAGAAGAAAACCAGUUUGCUCAGUUUUCUGACUGAAAAAACAGGUUCCGCAAGGCUUGAGAGAAGGAGGUCAUCCCGACAGCCAAGCGUGCCCUCCACUGUAUCCGAUAGCGAUAUGCACCAACUGGUACACAUGAUGGAUGAGGAGGGCUUCUCACCCCUUCACAUGGCUGUUCAUUCUGGAAAUAUCGAGCUGAUCAAAAUGUGUCUGGAUAGAGGAGCAGAUAUACUCGGAUCUGAUAAGUCGGGCCAUUCUGCUCUACAUUUUGCUUGCGCUCGAGGAGAUUUAGAAUGUGCCAAACUUCUCUUCGAGUAUGGACAGCGUGUUGCGCUACGUAUGAUUUUUGCUGUGGAUCAAGACGGACGUACCCCAAUGCAUAUGGCGGCUAUGCACAAUCAUCCAGAUUUGAUUGAUUUUCUACUAGAAAAGGGAGCGGAUAUGAACCCCACGGAUAGCAAGGGACUAACACCGCUUUUGCUCGCAUGUCAAAAAGGGUCCAUCAAAGCGACAAAACAUCUCCUAGAGAUUGGAGCGGAUAUUUACAAAUGCGACGAGAAUGGUAGAAAUUUGAGUAUACUCCUUCUGCUUGGCGGCACCGGUGAUGCCCGUGAAGUUGUUCCUGUUCUAGUAAAAAUGGGAACUCUGCCUGUCCUGUUCACACAACCAGAUCGAUACGGCUGUACCUACAUGCAUGUUGCCGCACGGCUUGGUCAAAGAGUAGCCAUCAAAAUAGGUCUGGCAAAUGGUGGAAAAUUGCUGCAGAGGGAUAGCGAAGGCAGUACGGCUCUGCACUCUGCAGCUCGCUUCGGCCGACUGGAUAUUUGUCGUCAGAUGCUGGAAACCACUGAGGGCAAACGAGCUCUUUUUCUUCGAGACUACUCUGGUCGAUCACCCCUUCAUGUGGCAGCGCAAUACGGAAAUAACCGGGUCGUGGAAUAUCUGCUGGCCAAGGGUGGCUUUUAUCACAGAUGCAAUGAUGGCAACACCCCACUACACUACGCGGCGAUGUUUGGAAAUGCACAGACAUGUGAUAUGCUGUUGGAAAUCAACCCAAGCGUGCUGAACUACACAAACUAUGUUGGUUCAACUGCACUACAUAUUGCAGCCCAGCAUGACAACGCAGGAGUGGUGAGUUAUCUGCUUUCAGCAGGGGCCGAAAUUCUACCGGACAAAAAUGGACUAUACUUCACAAUCCAAGCAUUUCAUUCGGACAACUAUGCAGCUUCUGAGGCGAUCGCUGUGCACAGUCGGUGA